AUGCAUAUGCAUACGUAUAUUUUGGAUGAAGGAGCUUGUAUUGUUAAUAGUAAAUCAAAGAAGCAGAGGAAUCGAUGAUGUGAAAAUGAGUGGCGGCAGUGGCAGAAUGAUGGGACAUCCUGGAUUUGUCGAGAUCAAUAUUCCAGAUCGUAAAGUUGAUCUGAUAAUUGGCAAAGGACGGGAAACCAUAAAACAACUUCAAGAAAAAUCUGAAGUUAAAAUGAUCGUUAUUCAAGAAGAACCAUCCAAGGAACAAGAAAAACCGUUGAGAUACGUCUUCUGCGUGGAAUAUGGCGAUUUGGCUGCUGGGAUCACUGACUAAAAUUAGCCCUCGAACUUCCUGGAAACGAGGGUAGCUGCCCUCUGACGCAGAAGUAGGGAAGUCGCUGAUACCCCGUCCGGACUUCAAGCAGGGCAUGCGUCGACUGUACGUCAGGCAUCUACCGUAUCGAUCGUGUGUGCGACAGGGAUUGUUAAAUGAACUGAAUGAGAAGAAACGUAGCUUCAUCACGAUGCUUCAACGCACGUAUUAUCACACACAUUUGUGACCAAGAAUAUUUAUAGUAAAUAUUGGUGAAUAAAAAGAAAGUAGAUGAUAUUCACUCACCAUAUCUUGUGUAAUUGUGCAACUGUAAUAAAUGAAUGUACUCACUGAUCGUUGUAUCAGCUAAAAACGCCUUCAGCUGUACCUGG